GCGUGUGAAAGCCGCUUCUUUUUUUCCCAUCAUUUGCUGCUGCUGCUGCACACUCCUCGGCGCGAGCCCAACUCCGUCCCUACCGCCCGCCCCGAUCCGGCCGCCGCCGCCGCGCAUUCCCAAAACCCCCUCCUCUCUGCUCUUGCCCUGACCCCCGCCACGGAACUCCUCUCCGCCGGCGUGGUGGUAGCCCCCCCCCCCCCCCCCCGGCGCUCCGGCCGGCGGCCUCCGGAUCGCGCGAUCUGACUUUGUGCUGGAAUCCCCGUCGCGUGUGAUAUUAUAGCUGUUGCCCUUACCUCGCUGUUUCGGUUGCGGUGCGGGGGGUUAGGGUUCUUGCACACCGCUGUGGAAUUGUGGAUCCUAGCGGCUGGGAUCUCUCUCCCUCGGUCCACCCACACAUGAUCUUCGCGGGGAAUUUGGUGUGGUUUUACCACCAUUACGUGUAGGGAGACUAGGGCUCGUGUUGUCGUGUGUUUGUUGUUGUUGUUGUUGUACUAGCUUGGAGGAGGCUGCUGCUGCUUGCUGCUUAUUCUCGCGUGGUUGACCAUGAAAUCCUGAAUCCCCGUUUUGCUUUCGAUUGGCGCUAUUGAAUUGAGUUUUAGUUUUCAGCUAUCUUUGACUUAGGGAAACCAAACCCAAACAAAGAAGCUGCACUUUCCCCCUACUCUACCUCCCAUAGCAGUUUGCUCAUUUUUUGUUUGGUGGCGUGCACAUCACUAUCAAAGUAGUAGUAGUAUCUAAGGUCCAUCUCUUCGCAAGCGGUCAUCAAUCACUUAAUUCUUGCAAUGCAUUUUGUAAUUCAAUCAUAGGGAAUCAAGGUGCGGUGGUUAAGCCCAUGCAAUUUGGUAAUAAGCACUAUAGCUCAUCAGUGUUAUAGAUAAGAGAUCUUGUGAGUGUUUAGGGUUUUCGAUAAUUCGGUCGACCAUUCGUUGGUUCUUGGUGGAAGGGAGGGAGGUUCUUGUUUGGUGAUGUCUUGUACCUCCCCAGACCCGCCCGAUUACUGCUCGGCCGCAUCGCCUGAGCUUAAGCUAUACCAAGCCUUCAUCUUCUCCGUGCCGGUUUUCUUCACGUUCGUCUUGCUUCUCUUCUUCUACUUGUUCUACUUGCGACGGCGCAGAGCAAACUGGCAGUCCUUGCGCAUGAGGACUAAUAACUUGAUACGGGGAGAUAACCCCAGAUUGGAGUGCGGCAUAAAGAAGGAGAUGCGGGAAAUGUUGCCUGUUGUGGUCUUCAAGGAGAGCUUCUUGAUCAGGGAAACACAAUGCUCUGUCUGCUUAGCAGACUAUCAACCGGAUGAGCGGCUCCAGAGAAUACCUCCUUGUGGCCAUACCUUCCACAUCGAUUGCAUCGACCACUGGCUCUCGACAAACACCACUUGCCCUCUUUGUCGAGUAUCCCUCCUUCCAUCCCCCAAAACCGCCAGCAUUGAUCCAGUGGAUUUGGAAGCACAGACCGUUGAAGAGAACAGCUCUUUGGAUGUACAGUAUCAGGAGGGCCGCAUUGACGAGAACACGCGACAGGAGGAUCAGACAUUGCAACAAGGUAGUGAGGGUCCAACGCAUCAAGCUGAAGAAAACGAAGAGACAUCAGUCAGAGUAACCACUGAGCCCCAAGUAGAGGCCGAGGGGUCUCCAAGCACAACCUGCCGGCCUUGUAAAACGAAGAAAUAAGGCUUCUGCUGAUGUACCAUGUCGUGGCGAUCUGUAUUUUAGAUGCUCAUUAAGAGCGUAUAAAGAUGUCAGGUUAUAGAUGGGUAAAUGGUCUAAUCUCUGUAUUCAGACAGAAAUAAUGGUGAUGGUUCAUACAAAAUUUCAGAUCCCAUCCUAACUUGUGUGUUGUUAGGAAAUUGAUUUAGCAGAAGCUCUGAUCGUUUUUCGUUUGGGCAAUUGAUCAAUUUGGCACUUCCAACUUU